GACGCCAUCUUGAAAUUGUCCCGACCAGAGGAGGCGAGGAGGAGACGGACUUGGGAAAACCAGCUCGUCCUGAACUCGAUAGCUGCGUUAGCUAUACGGAUUAACGACAGCUUUAGCGGUUAUUGCUAUCAUAUGAUAGUGUUUCCACUUGUUCAUUUAAUUAAUUUCGACGAGGGAAGGCUGUUUGGCCGACUUCGGAGAGGGCUAACACACUGGAGGGAGCCUCGUAAUCGGUUGUUUCCCUGCUGGAGCGGACGGGGCUCUGGUUGUGGCCGGGCAGCCCCGCCGGACUGUCGGACGAAGCUGAGACUUCUACACGGAAUAUAUCAACAGCAAUAAACGUUUUAAACCUGCUGUUUUCACGACAGGAGAGUGGAAAUGCUAAUUUAAACUCUGUUUUGACGUUUUAUAGCUCUGCGACGGAGCCCACCGAGGAGAAGUUUGAUUGGAGAGCGGAGUGCGCUUGAUUUCCAGUCCGAUGGAUGUUAGCCCUGUCCGGCUGUGGCUCGGCUCUCUGCUCCGCUGGUCUGAAAAUAACAGGUUAAAAACCAACAGGCACAGGUGAACACGUCUGUUCAUAACAAUGCUGCAGACCUGGCAAGUACAUGACAGCCCUGGCUUGAAUGCCAACAAGUCGUCCUCCAUUGCUUGUCUGUAAACCUGGAAAUACCACCAACCAUCCCCUCCUCUUCUUCAUCCUUCUCCUCUUCCUCCCCUCUUCUUUUUUUGGACUAGUGAGGCUUGCAUUACCUGGGAUAUUUUGGAUUUUGGGCUCGAUCUCGGCAUUUUAAAGAUGUCCUUUUUGCAGAGACAGUGCUCCUUGGAGCAGCAAGACAUUUAAUUUCACUCAGUCGUUUUGAGAUUUUUGGGGUUUUUUGGUUUUUUAUUCUCUUCCUAGUCAGAGGAUCAGAUUCGGAUGGAAAAUGGGAGACGCCACCAAACUGGCCUUCGCCGUUUUCCUCAUCUCCUGCUCUUCAGGUGCCAUCCUAGGACGCUCGGAGACUCAGGAGUGUGUGUACUACAACUCCAGCUGGGAGAAGGAGCGCACCAACCGCAGCGGCAUCGAACCCUGUUAUGGCGAGAAAGACAAGCGGCGGCACUGCUUCGCCACGUGGAAGAACGUCUCUGGAACUGUGGAGGUCGUCAAGCAAGGCUGCUGGCUGGACGAUGUCAACUGCUACGACAGUAAUGAGUGUGUGGAGAGGAAGGAGAGUCCAGACGUUUUCUUCUGCUGCUGUGAAGGCAACAUGUGCAACGAAAGGUUCUUGUAUGCACCUGAAGCGCCCCCACAGAGCGACCCGCACCAUUCAACCGCCUACACCACCUCCAACCCAUUCUCCCAGAAGCCCCAGCUCUUCAGCACUCUCCUUUACUCCCUGGUUCCCAUCAUUGGCCUGGCUGCUGUCGUCCUCUUCUCUUUCUGGAUGUGGAGACAUCACAAACUGGCCUACCCAGCUGCCCUCGUCCCCACACAUGAUCCCGGGCCCUCACCCCCGUCCCCUGUUUUGGGACACAAACCACUGCAGCUGAUCGAGGUGAAAGCCAGGGGGCGCUUCGGAUGUGUGUGGAAGGCCCAGCUGCUGAACGAAUAUGUGGCUGUUAAGAUCUUCCCAAUUCAGGACAAGCUGUCCUGGCAGAACGAGUAUGAGAUCUACAGCGUGAGCGGCAUGAAGCACGACAACAUCCUCCACUUUAUCGGAGUGGAGAAGAGGAAUAACAACCUGGACCUGGAGCUGUGGCUCAUCACCGCCUACCAUGACAAGGGGUCACUGACAGACUACCUGAAGGCCAACGUGGUGUCCUGGAACGAGCUCUGCCACAUCGCUCAGACAGCGGCCCGCGGCCUGGCCUACCUCCAUGAAGACAUACCAGGACACAAGGACGGACACAAGCCCUCCAUUGCUCACAGGGACAUUAAGAGUAAGAAUGUGCUGUUGAAGACUAACCUGACAGCCUGCAUAGCUGACUUUGGCCUGGCCCUGAAGUUUGAAGCUGGAAAAUCAGCAGGAGACACACAUGGACAGGUGGGAACCAGGCGCUACAUGGCUCCUGAAGUCCUUGAGGGUGCUAUCAACUUCCAGCGCGACUCUUUCCUGCGUAUCGACAUGUACGCCUUCGGCCUCGUCCUCUGGGAGCUUGCGUCGCGGUGCACAGCUGCCGAUGGCCCAGUGGAUGAGUACAUGCUCCCAUUUGAGGAGGAGGUGGGUCAGCAUCCGUCUCUGGAGGACAUGCAGGAGGUUGUCGUGCAUAAGAAACUGCGACCCUGCCUGCGAGACUGCUGGCAGAAACACACGGGUCUGGCCAUGCUCUGUGAAACCAUCGAGGACUGCUGGGACCACGAGGCCGAGGCUCGCCUGUCCGCCGGCUGCGUAGAGGAGCGCAUCGGCCAAAUGCAGCGCCAAGCCCCCAUCAUUGGCCCUGAGGAGAUUGUCACUGUGGUCACCAUGGUGACCAAUGUGGACCUCCCACCCAAGGAGUCCAGCUUAUGAUCGGCCAGUCAGAUGACACCGGAUGAGCUAGCAGAAACACGGAUCAACACGAGGGGAUGAACAGCCGACCCUGGUUGGUUGGCAUAGUGGUUUUUUCUUUUUUUCUGUCUUUCUUUCUUUACAUUUUCCGUUUUUGUCUCUUUUUUUUCCCUUUUUUUUGUUUUGUUCCUUUAAGUGCGGGCCGCUACUCACGUUCAGGAAACACCCUGCGCCCACCUCACCACAUCAGUUUAUAUCCACCUCAUUUUGAUAUGUGUGCCUAAGGAUUUUAACAUUUUAACAGUCGAUGCUCUCUCAUCCCGAGCAAACGAUUCAGGAUAUUUACGAUGACAAACGACGUCACCAAGUGACAGUGCUGACAUGCUGGGACGACGACACUCAACACUUUUAUCAUGUCUUGUUUUUAUAUACAUACAUACACAUAGGAGGGCAACCUGUUCUGCUCGGUUUUCUACAGAGAGAGAAGAUCUUGCAGAGGAAUUUCACAGAACUCUCAGUGCAUUUUAGUGUAAAAAAAGAAAAAAGAAAAAAGAAAAAAAGACAAAUACCCGGCUCUCGAUACAUUUGCUGUUUUCUUGUGUGCGUUUUUUUGAAGAAACGACUAUCGUUCUGCCAAUAAGCAACGGCUUCUGAAUGUUUAUAGUGUAAUGCUGCUGUACAUAGUGUAUUAUGGACCCAGACAACUUGGUAAUCAAGCUUAUUUUAAAGGGGUGAGGGGGAAGGGGGGAGGGGGGGGUCCAUUUUCAAGCAUUACGACGAUAAAAACCAUAAACCUCCUUCAACCAGGUAUACCUCAGUUCAGAUGGACACAGUUUAAAUUAGUCCCUCUCCCUGUUCACAGUCAUAGCUCACACUUUCCACAACCUUGGCUCUUCAUGACAUCCAAACAAUCUGCUGUCAGCCAUGACACUCAUGGGUAAUGUAGUCAGCAAAGCCUCGAUAUACAUGGCCAUACACACCGUAAACACAAGUGUUGCUCCCUUUUUCCUCCCCUUUUUCAGUCUCACGUUUAGUUUUGCUCCAUUUUGAUUUUUGACUGAAUAAUAACUUUCUCCUGUUAGUUCUGUUUAUUUUUUUUCUCUUUGAGAUUUUCUUCUGAUAAUGGGAAAAAAAACAUACCCCCAUGAUGAAGUUGUCGUUUAAAGUGAUUUUUCCGUUUUGGUUUGCCGUGUCAACUGUCAACGGAGUAAUGAUAUCUGUCGCUGACAAGCCUAAUUUUGGCCGUGAGAUCUGGAUAUACAAUAUAUGUAUUUAUAUCUCUCUGGAUUAGCGCUGGGUACCAACUAAUGAUACCUUUGAUAUUUAGUAUCAGUACCAAAUCAGAAGGUGUUAAAACGCUUCAAGAUUGUCAGACCCUUGGAGCAUAUUCUUCUUGUUCUUUUCAUUUUGUGAAAUCAGUUGUGUGUGGUCUGAUUCUAUUUAGAAAAGCAGAUUAACAAAAUAAAUCAUCCAAUAUGUUUAAUUUAGGAAAGGUAUCAGAUUUGAAGUGCAGUUUUGAGGAGGUUUGCGGGGGUACCCAGCCCUACUUUGGAAUUGUACCUGUAUUUAGCUGAGCCAGCUUGCUUUUGAUUUGAUUGCACACAUCUUUUUUGGAUUACUAUCAAGAGUUUCUGCUCUCUUUUGAUACACCUCAGGAAUCUUUGCUACUCACCACCGCCUCACAUCCUCCACCUAUUCCUCCUCAUCCUCACCUGUCUUGGACUGGAGUACUUCCUCUCUCGCUGAUUCUUACGCUUCCUCUGUCACCUUCUUGCCUCGUCUCUACUUGUAAGGGUUCAGCCGUGCUGUCAUGCUCAAAACCUGUGUCUCCGCUGUCAUUAUGAUCAGUCUAAAUUUAAUCUGAACACUAAUCAGACACUUAAAUUGUAAGCUUUGCUCUGAUCUGUCUCUAGCUGAAUCUCAGCCUUCCAGGUAUGGGUGUUUGAUUAGUCCUUAGUCUGAAGAACAGUCCUUGUGGAGCCAGAGCUGGCCUGGACUUAACUCUCAGAAAUCGAUAGUUUGCCAGUUUUUCCACUUCUGUUAGGUCAAAUGUUGCCCAAACAUUACCCCACACAGCUUAGUUAUUGCCCCAUGUGUUCACUGUCUCCACAAGCAAGCCAAAUAAGGUCUAACUCUGACUCUGGUCAACUAGUUAACCAAGUCUUUCUACUGUUUUCAGUGUUAACACCUUUUUGAGAAUUAAUUUGCCUGUGUUGAUGUUUUCUUUUUAACUAUACAGACGUCUGGUGGACAUUUGAGGUCAGUUGUUUCCCUUAACUUCCAGAGAAACUGAUCAGACCUCUCUAGCCCUAAAUCCUGCUGACACUAACCAAACAAUUGCACGGCUAACCACAGUUGGACGAGGAACCUCUCUUUCUCUCUCUCAUCCUGGUGCCAUUUCAAUGUAUCCAUAUUAGUUACUCUUGUAGAUGUCAGGCAAAACGGAUGUAUCUGUCAUUGUUGUGAAGGUAGCAAUGACAUUUUUGAGUCUUUAUUUCCUCUGAGGGACAUUGAACACUGGUGCCGGCAGACCUGCAGUCUCUCCUCAAGCUUUGGGACGGUUUCACAGCAUGCUGUUUAAAAUCAAGCAUUUUAAAAUUAAGAGAUGAGGCUGGAAAUACUCAAAACGUGAAGAAACUUUUUUCUACCACAUUCAUUCAUAAUUGAAUACAUACAUAAUUAUACUUUAUUUAUAAAACAGUUUGCAUUUUAAGCCAACACUGUACUACAGUGCUUGAGGAACAGCCAAGUAAACAAGUAAAACACACACACAAAAAGAAAUUGAUUAGUGAUUAUUUACACAAAGGAAUUCCUCUUAUUCUGCACAGAAAAAAAGUCUCUAAUUGAGCUAUAUUUGUUUAGAGCACUUAUAUGUACCCCAUCUAUUCUCUGAUAUGUGCUGUAUUUAUGUCCGUUUUAUAACAAAAUAUUUUUUUGUCAUUUCUUGGCCAAACUAAUGCAGUGUAAAAAGUUGUCCUGACUCACAACAGGCCAUGUUCCACCAAAAAAAAAAAAAAAAAAAACAGGAACUAGAAGAAAUAUAAAAAGUAAAGUAUCCUCAGAGUUCAGAAACUUUUCUUAAGAGUGGUCUGUAUUGAUUCCUGCUACACCUCUAAAAUAGUUAAGAUUCUGUAAACAAGAGGGAGUGACCGAAGUACAAGUUUGAGAUAUUAUUUCAGCACAUGAUAAGACUAUUGCAACAACACAGCAAACCUGAAGGAAGUUGAAGCCAUCAUCCUAUUUACUUACUGUAGCACGAGUACGAUAUUUGCAUCAAUAUCGCUUCCUUUUGCUGCUGCUGUUUUUCAAUUAAUUGCUAUUCAAAAACAGCCAAUGUCUAAGACCCUUAUGAAGCUUGAACAGUCAGGGACGAUCAUUACUGCAAACCCCAGCAGCCCUUCAAUAAGUACUACCUCACUCACAGGGAUUUCUUCGGGGUAGAAAGCAUGGCAAAUAAACCAAAAUGAUAACCAGGCCUCUGCAGAGAAGGGAUCAAAAUUCCCGAGCUCUUGAAUUGGGGUAAAGUUCCAGUUUUUCCAGUUUGAGAAGACUGAUGGAAGUAAAUUAAGGCUUAAAAGAAGUUUCCUCAUUUUUACUGUGAUGUAUUAUCUUGUUCUGUAAAAGUUUUACAUUACAGCAGAAGGCUUCUUGUUGAAAAGGAAAACAAUCAUUGACAUCUCAACAUACACUGACUGGCACAGCUGUAAAGGAAAGACACCAGUAUUACCCUUUUUUCCCUGAAGUUUGUGUCCUGAAAUGCAAAACUUCACCAGUAUUUUAGCAGCCAAGUGGAUUUUAAAAACAGCCGCCAAAUGUUGGUUGGUUAGCUGCCAAAGUGGCAGGUAGCGUCCACAAACCUAUCAGCCACAGCAAAAAAAAAAAAGUGCCAGCGUUUGGUUGGUGGUCACAUCCCAGUACUGUAGGUAGAUGGCAGAUGAUGUUCAGUUUGUCCGCUUGAGUUUAAACUGCGCCUGAGAAACCGACCCAAAUCUACAAAUACCAUUCAGGGAUUCAGUACUAUGCUUUUCUAAGUUCUAGCGAGUUAUAUGCAACCAGUGCCGCAAACUACCCUACACUUCUGUAGGAUCAGCUGCAGGAGUGACUUUCAAUAUACACACACACAAAUAACUUGUAGCAUUUUAAUUUUUUUUAAAUCCGUGACCUUGCAUAUUGAUAUGUUGUAUUUAUUUUUUAAUUUACAGGCCUGAGGUUUUGGGGAUCAGAGCUCAGGUGCAACUCAGAAUAAAGUUGUAAGAGUUGGCACGAUUUAUGGUUGUUGGGGGGUUGGGGGUGGGUGUUUGGUUGUAAUUCAGGAAAUACUUUCAUUAAUUCAAAAAGAAAAAGAUAUAAACUGUAACGUGCUUCUUUCUAUUCAGUCUAUGGACAAACGACCGAGAAUGAAUGUUCUUCAGACUCCUGGAUUCCAGUAUUGUGUGUACUUUGAUGGAUUGAGCCCGGCCCUGUGUAACUUUAGAGGGCUUUGCGUUUGGCUGGUUUCGUGUGAUUGUGCCCUGUCGCUGUAGAAAGUAGUAAAACCAACGCACUCUAAGAUCCAUUCAUACACCUCGUUUGUACAGUUACCCGCCUGUGAUGUGAACCAGUACCUGCUCUAUGGGCAGAUACCUAGCAUGUAGACCAUACAGUCCAACCAGAGAGAAAAGAAAAGAAUGGUAAAGGCAAAUUUUGUAAAGCUUCCUAGAAGGGUUAAACCAUUAUAGUCUAAUUGUACCAGAAAACAACCUCUGCCUCUGGGUUUUCCAUUGCUGUUGCCCUUCUUUGAAUUUAGAUGUGGCAACUAAAUUUCUGCAGUCACCCUCUUCACACGCUCUUUUACCUGCAUCCAACUGUGAACAUCUCAAACACUUUGUCAAGGCGACUGGGGACAAUCUUGUCUUCCAAUUCGUCAAAACAAUCACAGAUGAGCUCUCUCUUUGGUUCCCCUCAGGACUUGACUAUCUUAACAGACUUGUUCUGAAUUUUGUCAUUUAACAGUGUAUGAAUGGGUUUCUCAGCGUGCAGGCUUUACAUUUUUCUAUCUCGACUUCCUCCAGCCCAGCACCUCACAUUGCUGUGCAUAUAAACUACCAGUGAAACAUUUGUGUCUUGUUGCCCCCACUAUUUUAAGCAGUCUAGGAUCUGUACAGACAUGAGAACAUAAAUACCUGUAUCAACUAUAUACUCUGAGCUGAAUCUUUAUAAGUGCGUGUUGAACUUCAGUGUUUCCUCUACAUUCAUUUAUACUUUUUUUGUGUUUUGACUCAGCAGGGUCUGGUCUGGCUGCAUAAAAAUUGUCCUUCACUAUGCGAAAAAAAAAAAAAAAAAACUUUUAAGUUGAGCUUUGUGUAAGCUAAAAGCUAGAGGCUCAUUGGUGUACUUUAAGGAACGAAAGAAAGCACUUAAGGGUUCAUCAGCAGAAAAAAAUUAAAUGAAUGACGAACGUUCAGCCCAGGACGUUCCUCAAGGAACGUAUUCGGGUCCCCUAAUGGUUGCAUUUUGAAGACCCCCCCUGAAGCUCUUGAAGAGCAGUUGCAAUACUCCAUAUGUGAUAAUACAAUCAUCCACCACAGGUAUUUCAUUCCAGCAUCUCAAUCUCCUGCUUUUUCCCACUGUUGGUAAGAAUUUUAGAGGAAACAUUGAACUCCAGUGACCUCGCCGCAGAGACUGUCUUGGCAGCAAGAUAAGUCUGGUUGCCAGGCCUGAAAUUUCUACAAAAAAAAGAAAAAAAAAACACUACAAGCAUUUUUGACCCCACAUUUCUUGAGGCUCUUGAGUUGCAACGCUGAUCCAGAAUCUGCCAACGCAGCCUCUAAUGGUAAUGAUCCUCAAAGGGUUUCUGGUUUUCAUGGCUGGAAGAACUGAUAAAUCUGAUCACUUUUUGAACUUAAGUGGGUUAAAAAAAAAUAUGAUGUAAAUGUCUUGUUUCUUUACUCCUGAUACAUGUGACUGUACAUUUUAUGUUACUGACAAAAAUGUGAAAAUAGGACAAGAAACUGAGGCCUGGAAUUUCAAACUGGAAAAUGGGUAGGAAGUACAACAAGCGAAUCCUACUGGAUGUUCUUGAGCAAGAGUGAGUUUUUACCAGCUCCAGGGUUUCACCCUGACCUCUGACCUCCCAGUGAAGGGACAAGGGAGGUUUAGAGAAAAGAGAAUUCCCUUUGCAAAGUAUUAUAGCAGAAGAAAACCUUCAGAAACCCUGGAUACAUUACCACAGAGGAGACAAAUAUGAUCCCUGAUCAGCGCUGUGACUCACGGCUAAUGUUAGCCGGCCAUGGUUUUUAUCAGCUGAAGAGAUCCACGUGAUGUAAAUAAAUGUGUUUUUAGAUUGUGAA